AUGCCGACCUACAAACCGAGUUACUUCGCAGAUGGAGGCCACCCCAGUAUGAUCACGGCUCAUAUCAUCCUGAGCGUCAUAGCUUGGGUUGUGAUUUUACCGCUUGGCGUGGUGUUUAGCGUGGCCGGGUCUCGAUACACGCUCCCGGCACAAUUUCUGUUCUUGCUGGUGAACGCCGUCGCCGUCUUGUUCGCCGUCAUCUACAAUGCCUCCACUCCGGAUCUCUACGAGCACAACGUACAUCAUCCCAUUGGGUGGGCGAUUACCUGGAUCGCCGUGGCCUGGGCGGUCAUGGCCAUCCUCAACGUAUAUACCUCCCGUGCGAAAGCCACCCACCGCACAUCGUACGACUGCGAGCCGGUGUCGGCCGCCAACAUCGCCCAGUACGACCGGCUGCGGGAGCAGUCGCCGUACGACGAAGUGCGCUGGUCCGGUGACUCGGGUCAGGGCACCGAGCGCCACUCGUCCUCGCUGCUCGGUGCGCACACGCGAUCGCCGAGCAUCGCCUCCGAAACCCGGCCAUUCGACCUUGGACACAGCAAUAUCCGCCUUGAUGAUGCCGAGGACGACGAGCCAGACGAGCCGGAGAAGCGCAGCUUUUUGCGGAACACGUAUGUCGAUAAGAUGCUGUCGCGCAACGUGUAUCGCAUUGCAGCUUUCCGAAAGACGUUGAAGGUUAUGAGCUUCAUUUACACGGCAGUUGAGCGCACCAUCCUCAUCCUCGGAUUUUUGGCGCUGACGUCAGGUGGUGUCGUGUACGGAGGCAUUUUCCGCGGCAAAGACGUCUUUGGAGGGCUUGCGCAUUUUGUCAAAGGCGGCAUCUUCUUCUGGUAUGGGUUGGUGACAUUGGGAAGAUGGAUGGGCAGCUUCGCCGACCUGGGGUGGGCGUGGAAUGUGAAACCUCCGGCGACGCUGGUUGGUCCACGCAAAGCCGGGUUUGUGUCCGCCGAAUUCAUGGAAUCGUUCCUCAUUUUCCUCUACGGAGCUUCCAACAUCUUCCUUGAGCAUUUGGGCGGGGCCGGUGGACCGUGGCGGGCGCAAGAUUUGGAGCAUGUGUCCAUCACCAUUAUGUUCUUCGGCGGUGGAUUGCUCGGAAUGCUCAUCGAGUCCCAUAAAGUUCGAGAGCUCCUGAACACUUCUAUCCUCGUGACGAAGGAUGCAUCACUCCCCCAGCGGUUUGGUCCUGACUCCACAGACGACCAAUGGGACGCCCCCAAGCAAUAUCGAUUCCCGAUGAAUCCCAUGCCUGGUGUCAUCGUCCUCCUUCUUGGUAUCAUGAUGAGCUCCCACCACCAGCACUCGAUGACCUCCGCGAUGGUGCACAAGCAAUGGGGCAUGCUGUUCGUGGCCGGUGCCAUUUCCCGAGCCGUCACGUACGUCACCCUGUACAUAUCCCCGCCGACCUCAUACCUUCCAUCCCGACCUCCGUCCGAAAUCGUCACGGCGUUUUGCCUCAUCGGCGGCGGCUUGAUCUUCAUGGAGAGCACGCACACCAUCAUCUAUGCCCUGGACGAUAACAAGAUCGAGGCCAUGUUUGUCUUCACCGUCACCAUGGGUCUGUCCUGUCUCAUCAUGGCGUGGGAAACAGUCGUGAUCGCCAUCAAGGGCUGGGCAGUCCGCCGCGAGAAUUGGUCGGCGUUCUCGCAGGCCCAUGCCUAA